AAGAAAGCUCUCCACCCGAUCGGGGCUUCGCUCUGUUGUGGUAUUUGCGAUGUUUUUACGUAGAUAUCUCUCCUCCCCGAUCCUUCUGUUUUUUAAAUUUUAUUUCGCUAUUAACACCCAAAGCGUGUCUUAGGGGUUAAUUCAGCGCCGAGCAGCAGAGGAGCGUAAAGACGCACACAGUGGAGUGUUGUGCCGCUGAGGCGAUGCCCUUUUGUGGAGAGUUCUCUUGACACAGAGGACACAGCACGUUCACAGAAAGGGACUCAAAGACGAGGAGCUCCGUUAAAAAAAGGCUCCAUUCUUCCCACAGCUAUUGCCGUGGGUGUUUGGGAGGAUUUUUUCUUCUUUUUUUGGGAGAGGAGCAGAAAAAUAGGGGAGAAUAUUACAGUUUACUCCCACUGGAGUUUCCAGUCGAGUUUUGGAUGGAGAUUGGAACAGUUGCGCAUGAGUUUUGCGCACGGGAUUUACGCGUUGGAAGGAGAAAUGAAGUUUCUUGCAGCAGUUUCAACGGGGUAGAGAACUGAAACCCUCCAACUAACUUUCCAAAAAGAAGCUUACUUUCCUAUUAUCGUAGCAACCUGUCCAAACGAUGCCAACUGAUAAAUACGCAGACAUGGAGGAAAAACUUUGGAUACUGGAGGACCUCAAUAUGAUGUACAUCCGUCAGAUUGCCCUCAGUUUACAGGACAGCGACAUUCAGAAGAAGAUCGACCAUGAGAUCCGGAUGCGAGAUGGAGCCUGCAAGCUGCUGGCUGCUUGCUCGCAGCGAGAUCAGGCCUUGGAGGCGGCUAAGAGUCUGCAGACAUGCAGCACUCGGAUCAUGGCCUACAUGUCGGAGCUGCAGAGGAUGAAGGAAGCUCAGGUCAUGCAGAACGUCCCACGCAGAGCUUCAGAUGCAGGCCCAAUGGACGAAAGACUCCCCUGUAAAGGAAAAGUGGCAAUCUCAGAUCUUCGCAUCCCUCUUAUGUGGAAAGACACGGAGUACUUUAAGAACAAAGGAGAGCUUCAUCGAUGUGCUGUGUUCUGCCUGCUGCAGCUGGGAGGGGAGAUCUUUGACACAGACAUGGUUAUUGUAGACCGGACCCUCACGGAUAUCUGCUUCGACAACACCAUUGUCUUUAAUGAAGCUAGCCCUGGCUUUGAGCUCCGAGUUGAGCUGUAUAGCUGCUGCUCAGAGGAUGACUACUCUGCAGGAAGCACGCCCAGGAAACUGGCCAGCAAGCUGAGCUCUUCGCUGGGCCGCUCAGCAGGAAAGAAGUUCAGAGCUGCAAUGGAGCCUGGAGCAUGUAGUCCUGUUAGUAACGGAGGGGCAGCUCCUCUCCUGCUGCCUGUCCCCUCUGUGCCCGGCCCGAAGUACCACCUCUUAGCUCACACCACCCUGUCACUGUCGCACGUCCAGGACAGCUUUCGCACGCAUGACCUCACUAUUUCAGGCAACGAGGAAUGCUCAUACUGGCUGCCUCUAUAUGGCAGCAUGUGUUGCCGCCUCGCAGCUCAGCCAAACUGUAUGACCCAACAGAUGAUGGGUGGAUGGCUGAAAGUUAAGCAGUGUGGAGGUGACCCUCAGACUUGGACAAAAGUGUACGCCGUUCUAAAAGCAACAAGCCUUUUUUGCUACCAACAACAGGAGGAUGUGGAGGCCAAUGUUGAGCCUGCUUUGACAAUCGGCAUCAACAAGGAGACCAGAAUACGCGCAUCAGAGAGGGACCCUCACAGCAAGGGUCAGAACAUUUGCAUCAGCAACCGAUACGGAGGGGAGGAGGUCACGCACACUCUGAACACGGAGAGCCGAGAGGACACGCACCGCUGGAUGGAAGCCUUCUGGCAGCACUUCUAUGAUAUGAGCCAAUGGAAGCAGUGCUGUGAUGAUUUAAUGAAAAUCGAACUUCCCUCUCCAAGGAAACCAGCUCCAGUUACUCCAAAACAGGGCUCACUUUAUCAUGAAAUGGUUAUUGAAUCAUCAGAUGACCUGGGCAGCACCGUGUCUGACAUUUUGGCCCGGAGGAUGCAAGAGCUGGAGCUCCGAAGCCAGCUGGGCAUGUCUCCCACCUGGAUGCCUGUGUUUGAGGAAAACUGUCCAAAAAGCACCGGCUUCCCUGUCCGUCCAUGCAGCUCACGCCUGUCUGGCCACAGCCCUCACUCCCCUCAUCGUCUCCCUUCCAGGAGUCCAGUCAGCCCUCACCGCUGCCCGCAGCUGGGCCUGCUCUCCUCUGACGCAAGUCUGACGUCGGACACUGACAGCCACUGCAGCACCAGUCCGUGCUCUCACCGCCACGGCUGGCCUGAGCCUCCCUCCAAUUUCUCGCUUUUGUCCUCCUCACCAUCCCGUCUGAGGCCGCGCACACUCUCAUUAGACGCUAAGCUCAGCACUCUCCGAGGCCGGGGGUAUGGAGGCGGGGGGACCUUCCAGUGCUCCUGCCAGCCUCCGUCCUCGUCGCUGCUCACUCCUCUCCCCGCCUCGUCUCGCUCGCCUCUGUCGCAGCGCAGCACACAGACAACACUCUCCUGCUCCAGCUCCACUUCCAGCAACAGCUCCAGCAACAGCGAAGGCAGCCACAGCCCUGAAUCAUCAGAGGGGGGGCCUUUCUCCAGGCCCUCUCCUGCUCGCCGCAGCCUGCGAAACCUACGAGCCCGGCUUGAUCCUCGUAACUGGCUACAGAGUCAGGUGUGAACUUGUGUCUGGAUAGAUGUUUUUGUUUGCUUAAAAAAAAAACAGUUCAUCAAACUGUGAAUUAACAGGUUUAACAAUUGAACUAAACUCAAGGAUGUGCACAGCUGCCUUUUACAGGAAGGGAUAGCUGGGAGAAGACCUGCGUGGGUCGAAAAAAAUUUUACCCAGAGGAAGGUGACAAUCAGUGCAGGAAGUCCAGGGUUCCCACAGCUCAUAGGAUGGGAGAUGCUGUGUUUCCUUUAGAAGUCAUGAUGCUGCUUUAGAGAAAGUAGAUAAAAGCUAAAGGUUUGGUUAACUAAGUUCCACGCUGUUCAACUUCUUAACUCUUUAAUGUGAUUUUUUGAAACUGGAAAGUAUUUCUCCCCUUCCAUCGCCCUUUCCAUCCACUGAAAUAUCAUUUCAAGUGCAUCUCGCCAUUCGUGUUUUAACUGAAUGUAAUUAAUGGUGUUAUAAAAUUAUAAAGCAUUUAUACUGUGGAGAUGGGGCAAAGGGGCACUUCAUGUAUUUAUCCAUUUAUAACUGAUACACAUGGUGAAACACGGUGGUGGCAGCAUCAUGGUGUGGGGACAGAGAAGUUGGACUUGAUUUGAAGAUGGAUAAAGCUAAAUAGAAGACUUACUUCAGGUUUAGCAUGAAAAGUGCCGGAUCAUCAUCAUGGACUACAGGGAUGUAAGAUUUCAAACCACAUACCAGGCUUGUGCCAAUUGAUAUUAUACGGUGAUUCUGUUAAAUGGGUUAAGAGAGGUUAAUGCUUGUUUUUAUGCUAUGCAGCAUUUUGUUAACCAGUUAGAUGUUAAACCAUCUCUGGUUAUACUUAAGUGAUUCUGGGGUAAGUUUAGCACAAUUAACACAUAUUUAUUGUACUGGGUGAGAUGUGAUGUUUUUUUGGAUUAAAGACUCCUCUGGACAUGACCUAUUCAAACAGUUUAAUCAGCACAACACUGGAGGGGGGGCAUCAGAACCUCAUGGUAUCAGUUAAAGUAAAGUAUUAAUUAAAACACAAGCCAUAACCGAUAGGCCUAAUGCACUGACAGUGUCGUGUGCUUUCAGUGUAGUGAUCCCUCCCUUUGAGCCUGUGGUUCAAAGCCAUAAUAAGCCAUGGCAUGAUACUAUAGAGCAUGUACAUUAAGAUGUUUAUUUAUUCAUUGGGUUCAUUUUAGGAGAGGUUUUUGUUUAAAUCUGCUCAGAACGGCAGAUAUUUCAUAUUAUCUCCAGUUGCCAUCAGUUGUGACUGUUGGUUUAGGAAAGUGGUUUCAACCCGUGUCAAAUCAACCAUAUUCACUGAGAUCAUUCAAACAAGCAUUUGUUACUGUAAAUUAUUAUUUUUUUAAGUUAACAAGAUAAACUCAGUCUAUUAUUUUGUUACAUAACUGAUUCUGUAAAUGCCGCUAUACAGAUAUGUGAUUUUCAGAAGGUUAACAGAUAAUGUGCAAAUCUUUGUUAAUAGUGAAUAACACUGUUAGUUUUGUUUUGUUUUUUCAGUUCUGUGUACUGCGUGCACAUUAUCUUUGAAAAGGUUGGAUAUAUAAUAAGAGUGGAAGUGUCAUGUUUAAAUAAUAUAACAUUAAUUAAAAUAAAUGUUUAUAGUUUUAAACCAUC